CACAAAUACGUUUGCUCUUUCUCUCUCUAAACACACACAUACAAACAGUCUCUGUGUGUCUCUCCAUCUCUCUCUGUAGAGCUUGAAAUUGAUUUUUUGAUCGGAGGAAACCAGCAUUGCUCUGCUCUAACUAGCUUCCGCAGCUGCUAGACAAGGAGAUACGUCGUGUUACGGCGGCAUAUGCCUUUUCAGCUAAAUUGAUACAGAUAGCUUCGCGGAUACCACAAAUUGAAUAGUUUAAUCGGUAGAUUUGACUUUUUUGUGUUAAUUUGGGGGAAAGCAUGUUGGGGGCAGGAGUGCAGUUUAAUAGGAGUAGAAACGGCGACGAUCGGUUUUCCACCGCCGCCAAGGCACGUCGGAGCCAAAAUUUCACGAGAGUUCAGAGCCCGAGCGAUGAGUUGCCGACGGCUGAAUCGUCGUCUGUUUGUAAUCUGGAGAGGUUUUUGGAAUCAAUCGCUCCUUCGGUCCAGGCGCAGUAUUUAUCUAAGAUGACAAUGCCCAGGGACUGGAGAAUAUGUAAUAUUGAGUUUCAGCCAUACUUUUUGCUUAGUGAUUUAUGGGUGGCAUUCAAGGAAUGGAGUGCUUAUGGCGCGGGAGUACCUUUGCUACUAAAUGACAGGGAUAGCGUGAUUCAGUAUUACGUUCCAUAUUUAUCAGGCAUUCAAUUGUAUGGCAACCUUUCAAUGAGUACGACAAAGUUGAGUCGACUUGGUGAAGAAAGUGAUGGAGAAUCUUUUAGGGAUUCUUGUAGUGACGGGAGCAGUGACAGUGAACUAGACAGAGUUGAUUCAGGUGGCAAGUCUCCCAGAGAAGGCUUUUCAAGUGAUGAUGGCGAAUCUGGAAGCUCAGAGGGCAGCUUGUUGUUUGAGUAUCUUGCACGGGAUCAACCAUAUUGUAGAGAGCCUUUGGCAGACAAGAUAUCUGAUCUAGCUCGUGACUUCCCCGAACUUACCACUCUGAAAAGUUGUGAUCUGCUUCCUUCCAGUUGGCUUUCUGUGGCCUGGUACCCAAUUUACAGAAUACCAACUGGGCCAACUCUCAAAGAUUUGGAUGCUUGCUUUCUAACCUUCCAUUCUCUUCAUACCCCCAUGACAGGAAAUGAGGCUGUGCAUCCUCUAGUCGUCACUCCUCCAUCCGAAAGUGAUGGUGUUUCACAGAUUUCGCUGCCGGCUUUUGGCCUCGCCUCAUACAAAUAUAAGGUUUCACUAUGGACUCCAAAUUCAGGAAAUCAGCCCGAAUUAGCAAAUUCUCUCAUGCAAGCUGCUGAUGAUUGGCUGAACUCACUCCAUGUCCACCACCCAGAUUUCUCAUUCUUCUGCCGUAGGUAAACUUCAUUGCAGUUCCCCCUCCUUCGCCAUCGCCUUCUUCUUCAUCCCUUCAUAAACAUGAUGCUGAUGCUGCGGGUGCGUUAGAUUCUACAAUGAACGCCAACCAAAUGCCGUUGUAGAGCUGUUAAAAACUACGCGAUGACGCGAAAAUAAAUUUUGGUAUGCUGGCUGAACUCUAGCACUUUGCUGGUUGAUGCUCUGUUUUUUUUUUUUUUUGCAAUUUGUAUUAUAGAACAAGCUGUGGUUUUUUUUCUCGUCAUGGCUAUACGAUGUAGACUUGUAGGUUUUAUCAAACCAUUUCUGCAUUUUAUGGGGAGUUUAUAGAGAAACUGUAA